GUGAUGUUGGAACAUGUUGGGCGUUCAGUACGGUAGAGAAUAUUGAAGGACAGUGGAUUCAGGCUGGUCAGCCGAUGACGAAUUUGUCCGUGGAGCAGGUUGUAGAGUGUGACAGUAUAGCAGACACACCACGUAAUAACACACAUGCUGACUGUGGGAUAUUUGGGGGUUGGCCAUAUCUUGCAUAUCAGUACGUUAUGAAAGCGGGUGGGCUUCAAACCUGGGAAGACUACUGGUAUUGUUGUGGUUUGGGAGGAGCACCGGGCACGUGUGAUAUAUGUCCUGCUGCAGGAUACAACUGGACCCGGUGUGGCCCACCUGUACCGUACUGUAACAUGACGCAAAGCUGCGCUGUUAAAAUAAACCCAAAGAAAUUUGUACCCGGAUUGAAAGUUGUCGAUUGGAAAGCCGUAGAUCCGAACGAAACUACUAUUGCAGAGCAGUUGAUGAAUAUAGGACCAUUGUCAGUGGCCCUUGACGCCACUCUGCUCCAGUUUUAUCAUAAAGGAGUGUUCGAUCCAAUUUUCUGCAGCAAAACAAACCUCGACCAUGCGGUUCUAAUUGUUGGCUUUGGUAAAGAGAAGGAUCUGUUUAGCACGAAACCCUACUGGAAGGUGAAAAACUCCUGGGGAGAGAAAUGGGGAGAAGAUGGCUACUUUAGAAUCCUGAGAGGAUCCGGUACCUGCGGCGUGAACACCCAGGUCACUACUGCAGUUCUACAAAAACCACAAUAAUUGAAACACACACCUUAGAUAUACGUAGACUGAUUUACAGAAAUAACUGAAGAAGUAGAACGUGCUGUGUUAUUGUUGAAAGAACAUUUAUGCUAGUCCAUUUUUAUAAAAAAUAUACCUGAAAAUUUACGUGAAAACCAAUCAGUUUUAUAUGUUUUGUUGUUGUUGUUUUUUUAAUUUAUAUUUUUGUGAAGUAAAAGGUUUGUAUAAAUAUGACCUAGGUAAAUAUCAAAAAAUCGCAUGUAAAAAUCUUUAAAUCUGUCACCAUUAACAGUGCAUAGUGCGAACUGCAUAGAUCAAACUGUUGCAAAUUCAAAAAGAAAAAAAAGAAGAAUAUCUUAAUCUGAUAUUCUUUUCCUAUGUUACAUAGUUUUACUUUUUACUCAGACUAGAUGAAUUUAGGGUGAAUGUGGAUAUAAAUGCCUUAAUUCUUAAUAUAUGGUAAAAGAAUAUAGCUUUGAUUUGAUGCUAUUUAAUGUUUUAUUUAAUUUACAUGAUCUGUAUUAAAGUUGGUCUGUGAUAAUUGAGAAAUAAUUUUCAUAGUAAAAUCUGCAAAAAAUACAAA